UUAAACAAUAUGGCGGAUAUCUGUUCGUCUGAGAAAGAAUUUUUUCCCGAAAACCCGUUUCAAAACAGACACAUAUAGAUUUAAAAACUAACUUAAAAAUAUUGGAAUAGUUGAUGGAACAGACAGACAUUUUAAGCUCCAGGUCUGUAUCACACAACAUUUGGAACAAGACAGCUAAUCAAACUAUUAAUCCGUGAUUGAAUCGCAAUGCAAAUUGGAGAAUUUGGAAAAUGCUAUACUCAUAGAUAUUGUCGGAUUACAUAAUUAUCGUGGAUCUAACAAUAGGAAAAUAGACCAUGGAUAAGAAAGAAACAGACAGUAAUUAUAGUAGUUCAGAUUCCGACAGUGAUGUGGAAGAAACCGUGGAUGUUAAUUCAGAACUAGAAACCAGUACGCAAGCUUUAACUUUAGUAGAUGAUGAGGCUCCCCUAUUAAUACAACCAUUGGAAGAUGAGGGGGAAGGUGAAGGGGAUCAGGGGGGUACAUAUGGGGAUUAUAAACGUCAGUAUGAAUACGAGGGAGAAGGGGAAGAAGAAACAAUCGAUAGAAUAGAUUCAAGUCAAACAACAGACACAGUGUUAAGUAAAGAUGGCGAAAAGAAGAAAAAAAAGAAAAAGAAGAAAAAAUGGCUUCAUAUUUGUUUAACAAACUGUAAAUAUGACGUAGUGCGAAAGAUGAGUCGUAAGUUUGGUUUUAAAGAAGUAUCAGAAGAUGAUUCUGAUUGGACGUUAUACUGGACAGAUUAUUCUGUAGCAUUAGAACGAGUUAUGGACAUGAAAAAAUACCAGAAAAUAAAUCAUUUCCCGGGAAUGAAUGAAAUAUGUCGGAAAGAUUUGUUGAGUCGGAAUCUGAAUCGAAUGUUUAAACUAUAUCCAAAAGAAUACAAUGUUUUCCCCAAAACAUGGUGCCUUCCUGCAGAUCAUGGUGAUUUUCUUUCUUACACAAGACAAAAAAAGAAUAAAACAUAUAUUCUGAAACCGGAAUCUGGUUGCCAAGGUAAAGGUAUCUGGGUGACGAAAAAUCCUAAAGAAGUAAAACCUCAUGAACACCAAAUAUGUCAGGUCUACCUCAACAAGCCAUUUCUAAUUGAUGGUUUUAAAUUUGAUCUUCGUUUGUAUGUUGUUGUCACAUCCUGUGAUCCAUUACGAAUAUUUCUGUUUAAAGAUGGUCUUGCACGAUUUGCUACACACAAAUAUUCUGAACCUACUAAUAAUAAUUCUGACAAUGUUUAUAUGCACCUCACUAACUAUGCUAUUAACAAACAUAGUUCAGAUUUUAUCAAAGAUGAUGAUGAAGCUGGUAGUAAAAGACGUAUAACAACAAUCAUGAAAUAUUUACAAGAUAAGGGUUACGAUGUAGAUAAAUUAUGGGAUGAUAUCGAUGAUGUUAUAACCAAAACGAUGAUAUCGGCUCAUUCUGUACUGAAACAUAACUACCGCACGUGUUUCCCCAAUCACGUUAAGGGAAGUGCCUGUUUUGAAAUAUUAGGUUUUGAUAUUCUUUUAGAUAGAAAAUUACGGCCCUUAGUUUUAGAGGUAAAUCAUUCACCUAGUUUUAAUACUGAUGCCCAGAUAGAUAGAGAUAUAAAGGGCACAUUAGUCUGGGAUACGUUAAAUAUCGUUAAUUUUGGUGCAUGUGAUAAACGUAGGUGUAUUGAAGAAGAAAAGAAGAGAAUAAAGGAUAGAUUGAUGGGCAAAUACACAAAAAAAGAAACAAAAGAAGAACUAGAAGCCGUUCAAGCCCAGUAUUUAAUACAACAAGAGAAAUAUGAAGGCCAUCAUUGUGGUAAUCUCAGGAGGAUCUAUCCCAAUGCUGGAAGUGAGAAAUACGACAAAUUCUUUCAGAGUAGUGGAACCUUAUUUCAGGAAACGGCAGCAUUUAAAGCCAGAUCAGAAAUGGCCAGACAACAGCGAGAAGAAAUCUUGCGUAAGAAAGAGAAACAGGAUGCCAUCAUGAAAGGUAAAAAGAAAGAUGGUUUACGACCAGAAAGUCCAACAGCUAGAAAGAGACGAACCUUAAGAAGAACAACAAUGCCAUCAAGAAAACUAAAUGUUUCUCGCCUUAAUGGAGACAUUUUUGGUAAUGAUAGUAGAGCCGAAUCAUCGGAAGAUAUCAUCGAUACGAAACAUCCCAUGGAUAUACUAGAAGAGGAGGAAUUAGAGAGGAUUAGUGGAUUAUUACAGCGAGAUAAUCUGGUGCGUGGAUUAGGUAUCGUGGAGCAUGUCUAUCGAUUGUUGCACUGUACACCAGGUACUAUGGGGGCACUCAAAUCUGACGCUAGAACCUUGUCCGGGCCAAUGAGUGGUGACGAAUCUGCACACAACAGUAAUCAGCUAGAUUCUAAUUCACAUCACAGCCAUUUUAUCACGACUAGUUCCUCUCUACCCUAUAGCACGACUAACAUCAGUCUAACACAAAACAAUUCUAACGUUCCCACAUCCAUUAUUAAUACCGUUCCCGCUAAUACCAUGCCGUUCGGCGCCGCUAUACAAUCUUAUAGUAAAUUAUCUAAUAGUAAUUAUGCUAGCAUCCCUUUUCUUCCAUUCUCUAUACCACUUCCUACCAUUUCUACAUUCUCCGCUUCAAAUCGGCAAAAUGCUCAGUCAUUAAAUCAGUUGUCGUCUAACCCUCAGUAUAAUAAUGGUAGCACCCGAUGGCAUAAAACAGGUAACCUGACCAACCUAAUAGAUCGUUCGACAUUAAGUCUACAGAGAAGUAAAUUCCAGAAGAAACCUGUUGGUAGUGGUAGAAGUGGCCCUGUAACCGUGGUACCGGAACCAGAUUAUCGUAAUUUUUUAGAUACUGAGAUGGAGAAGAGUCAUAUAUUAGUUAAAAGUAGCAAUGAUUGGAGAAAUGAUUUAGUUACACCCACACAGAAAAAUAGAGUAGUCAGUGCUCAUAGUAAACGAGAUUCAGAGUUACCACGAUUUUCUCCACAUCUUGCCUCACAUGGUUUAUCCGUUGUUUCUGCUCCCGCACCAGUUGUACAGAGACCAGAUCUGGCGGUACGACAAGAUCUCUCGUCUCCACACAGCGCUUUAAGUCGUAUUUCGUCACAACAUUCCGUCAAUGAAAGCCCCACCAGAUCCACAAAAUCCCAGCGUAUUCGAGGGGCGUCGAACAAUCUUCGCUUGAGACAAAUGGAAAUGAGAGAAAAUCACGCCUUCGUCUACAGCUGAUUUAUCGUAAAUUAAUAUAAAUGAAGUUUUAAAGAUACAUUAUGUAAGAUUUCGAUAAAAACCUGAUUGUUCUCACUAUAUUAGUUAAAAAAUAGAUAAUAAAAAUGGAAUAUGUUGAAAAUUUCAGUAAAAUUAUUUUAUUCUGAGCGGAGUUAUUGCUGUUUGAAAAACAGUGUAGUCUAGAUUGUCA